AUGGCUGCACAGACAGUACUACCGCGCAACGAAGUAUCGAUCGGUGCAUCUCUCAUGCUUUUUGCUCAAACGCUUUUCGGCUCUAUCUUCGUCUCAGUCGGCCAGAACGUCUUCGAUGGACAACUCGCCAAGCGCCUUGUUGGCAUCUCAAGCAUCACACCACAGCAAAUCGAAGCUGCCGGCGUCACGGGCCUGUUUAACGUUAUCCCAUCUCAGUACCAUAACAGGGUUUUGAAAGCUUAUAAUGACUCGCUCUGUGUGUGCUUUCAAGUUGCGCUCAUCAUGGUUUGCCUCUCUAUACUCGGCGGUCUUUUUAUGGAGUGGCGCAAUGUCAAGAAGCAACAGGAUGAUAAUGAGGGCGAGAAAUAUGUCGAGGAAGGCAAGGAUCGCGGAAAUCAAAACUCCACGGAAGAGACUAAUAAGGACGGCGAAGGGCAAGCUCCGUCUAUAUAG